AUGGAACGGACGCCGCCCCAGCUCCGAGCAGAGAGACGGAGGAGAGAUUCUGCAGCUGGUGGCCUCCAGGUGGCGCUGUUGGGACUGGGACGACUCUGUCUUCUCCAGGCGGCUCUGAACAUUGGCCUGCGUCUGUACGGGCUUGGAUGCCAUGAAAGGUGCCCCGGUGAUGAUCCCUCUGCAACCCCAGGCCCUGAACCAACAACAGCAGAGAGGGAUGUUACAGAAGCUUAUCAAACAAGUCAAUGCACGUCGGCCUCCUUCACCACAGUCGACCCCUGGGUCUCCACCACCACCACCACUACCAAACCCACCACCACCACCACCACCACCGCCCGCCGUCACAAGCCCUAUCUAAGAUGUGAUAAGGAUUCAAUCGUGCGGAACUUGUGUAUGAUGCCCCCAAUGAAGAGGCGGAGGGCGGCAGAGCAGAGAUAA